GAGCAGAGAUGCCAACCCCCGAACAUCUCCACCUCUGCAGGCCAAAGGCUUCCGCAGGGCGGUGUCAGAACUGGACUCCAAGCAAGCCGAGGCCAUCAUGUCUCCACGGUUCAUUGGAAGACGUCAAAGCCUCAUUGAAGAUGCCAGGAAGGAAAGAGAGGCUGCGGCCGCAGCCACUGAUGCCGCAGAGGCUACAGAGACCAUUGUAUUCGAGAGAAAAGAUGGGAGAGCCAUGCUGAACCUCUUCUUCAUGCUCAAGGGAGCCAAGACUUCACCACUGUCCCGUGUCCUUAAGGUAUUUGAGACAUUUGAAGCUAAAAUUCACCACCUGGAGACCAGGCUUAGCCGAAAGCCCCGUGAAGGGACUGCUGAACUGGAAUACUUUGUGCGCUGUGAAGUCCACAGCUCUGACCUCAAUACUUUCAUUAGCUCCAUCAAGAGGGUAGCAGAAGAUGUGAGGACUACUAAGGAAGACAAAUUUCACUGGUUUCCCAGAAAAAUCUGUGAAUUGGACAAGUGCCACCACUUGGUCACCAAGUUUGACCCUGACUUGGAUCUGGAUCACCCGGGCUACUCUGACCAAGUAUAUCGCCAGAGAAGGAAAUCAAUAGCAGAGAUUGCUUUUCACUAUAAGCAUGGGGACCCGAUCCCUCGUGUGGAAUACACGGCGGAGGAGACAGCUACCUGGAAGGAGGUGUACAGCACCCUGAAGAGCUUGUACCCAACCCAUGCCUGCAAGGAGUACCUUGAAGCUUUCAGUCUCCUGGAGAAAUUCUGUGGCUACAAUGAGAACAACAUCCCUCAGCUGGAGGAGGUUUCUCGCUUCCUGAAAGAGAGGACCGGCUUCCAGCUCCGGCCAGUGGCUGGCCUGCUGUCAGCACGGGACUUCCUGGCCAGCCUGGCCUUCCGCGUCUUCCAGUGCACGCAGUACAUCCGCCAUGCAUCCUCACCCAUGCACUCCCCCGAGCCAGAUUGCUGUCAUGAGCUGCUGGGGCACGUCCCGAUGCUGGCUGAUAAGACAUUUGCCCAGUUCUCUCAGGACAUUGGGCUGGCAUCUCUGGGAGCAACUGAUGAAGAAAUUGAGAAACUAGCAACGCUUUACUGGUUUACGGUGGAGUUUGGGCUCUGCAGACAGAAUGGAAUAGUCAAAGCCUACGGAGCUGGGCUCCUCUCUUCCUAUGGGGAGCUCAUACACUCCUUGUCAGACGAACCAGAGGUGCGGGACUUCGACCCUGAUGCUGCAGCUGUUCAGCCCUACCAGGACCAGAACUACCAGCCUGUUUAUUUUGUGUCUGAGAGCUUCAGCGAUGCCAAAAACAAAUUGAGGAGCUACGCGGCACACAUCAAGCGGCCUUUCUCAGUGAAAUACGAGCCCUACACCCACAGCAUCGAGCUCCUGGACAGCCCGCAGAUGAUCUGCCAUUCCCUGGAGAGCGUAAGGGAUGAGCUUCACUCGCUGAUUAACGCGCUCAAUGUUAUCAGUUAAUACAAGAACUGAGCCAUUUCCGUCCCCUUUUAGCCCAACCUAGCCCUGACCUCACCUAGUUCCCAGCUGAUAAUUCCUACCUGUCCUCUCCAAACAUGGGCACUGCUGCCUGUCACCACGCAACCCCAACAGCUUUCCACUUUUGUAUGUAGGGCCAGCUCGGAGGAGGGCAGUGGGACGCACCCAAGGCCUGCUGGCUUUUUGGGUAGUUUUUCUAUUGACUGCUGGAAGAGGCUUAGCAGAGACAAAAAACAUGGCCAAGCUAAAAAUUUGAAGUCAAGAGCUAUGUGCUAGGAUCCUGGGUGCAAGGAAGAGGAGAAAAUCUACUUUAUUUAAAAAGGAAAAGAAAAAAAAAAAA